CAGACCAGACCGAUCCUCUCACCUCUCACCUCUCUUUCCUCCCAAACCUCCCUCUCAGCCGCCGCUGCUGCUUCUUCUACCCAACACAAACGCUGUCGUCGGUCUAGCCUCAUUGCUAUAAACUGUGACGUUUUGAGCUCUGUUCUGUUUGUCUUUAUUCGGUUUGAGAAGCAGCAGGAAGCAUUGAUAAGAAGGAAGCUCCCAGGCAAACCCCACUUUGCUCCCUUUCUUACUUCUUUACAUUUGUUACUUUCAGAUUCCAAACUGUACUGCCAUGUUGUAUAACUUAAAUUCCUACUUUAGAAUUCGAAAACCUCAUAAGUUUAUUGCAUUCUUACAUUUUCAUACAUGUGUUUGUGGCAAUAGUGGUCAGUUUAAUGGGCAAGAGGUUAGCUAUUAUUUCCUUGAAAACCCAUUAGCUUGUAUUGGACUUGUUGCAUAUUAUUCUUCAUUUUUAUCAAGAACCUCUUUUGCUAGUAGUAGAGGUCAACCUGCUGGGAAAGGUGAAAUUGAUGAGACUGAUGAUGGGUAUGGCAGAUUUAGGCAAAUGGGUUCCUGGGAUAAUGGGGACCAGCAAGACUCUAGCUUUGAUAAAUUUGAUGAGGCUAAAGAGUUUGAGGAUGAUGAUGACGACAAAGAAGUAGGAGAGGAUGGUGAUGGUGAUGAUGAUGAUGAUGAUGAUUUUAUGGUUUUGAAUUCGUUUAAUAGAAAUGGUGAACAAAGGGAAGGUAUUGGAAGAGUUGAGUUGGAUGAGGAUGAAUUAAGACACCCUUUGGUGAGAGAGAUUUGUAGGUUGAUUGAACUUAGGUCAGCUUGGAAUCCAAAGCUUGAAGGGGAAUUAAGGCACUUACUAAGAAGCCUUAAACCUCGCCAAGUUUGUGCUGUUCUGCGCUCUCAGGCAGAUGAACGAGUUGCUUUGAAAUUAUUCUAUUGGGCUGAUCGGCAGUGGCGGUACAGACAUGACCCGAUUGUUUACUAUACAAUGCUGGAGGUCCUUAGUAAGACUAAAUUGUGUCAGGGUGCUAGGCGGGUUCUUCGGCUCAUGGCCCGCAGGGGUAUUGUGCGCCGGCCUGAAGCAUUUGGUUAUGUGAUGGUGUCGUAUGGUCGGGCAGGCAAGUUGAGGAAUGCAAUGCAAGUUUUGACUUUGAUGCAAAGAGCAGGAGUUGAUCCUGAUUUGUCAAUAUGUAACACUGCAAUCAAUGUUUUGGUGAAGGGGAAUAAACUGGAAAAGGCAUUGAGAUUCUUGGCUCGAAUGCAACUUGUUGAAAUCACACCUAAUGUUGUCACUUAUAAUAGCUUGAUCAAGGGGUAUUGUGACUUGCAUCGUAUAGAUGAUGCUAUUGAGCUAAUCGCUGAAAUGCCUCUGAAGGGAUGCUACCCAGAUAAGGUUAGCUACUAUACAGUGAUGGGUUUUCUCUGUAAAGAGAAAAGGGUUAAAGAAGUGAGAGAAUUGAUGGAUAAGAUGGUGAAGGAUAGUAAAUUGAUACCAGACCAGGUUACCUACAAUAUUCUUAUCCACGUGCUCUCCAAGCAUGGUCAUGGAGAUGAGGCUUUGAAGUUUUUGAGGGAAGCAGAGGAGAGGGGUUUUCGUGUUGAUAAGGUUGGGUAUAGUGCAAUAGUUCAUUCAUUUUGCAAGGCUGGAAGGAUUGACAUUGCUAAAGAAUUAGUAAAUGAAAUGUUCAGAAAGGGUUGCUUUCCUGAUGUUGUGACUUACACUGCUGUUCUUAAUGGGUUUUGCCUGGAAGGAAAGGUGGACAAAGCUAAAGAGAUGCUUAAGCAGAUGUACAAGAAUGGCUGCAAACCAAACACUGUAUCAUAUACGGCCUUGUUACAUGGGCUUUGUCGGAGUGGAAAGUCAUCAGAAGCUAGAGAGAUGAUGAACGUGAGUGAAGAAGAAUGGUGGACCCCAAAUGCCAUCACUUAUGGUGUUGUGAUGCAUGGUCUACGUAGGGAAGGGAAGUUGUCCGAGGCCUGUGAUAUUGUAAGGGAGAUGAUUAGAAAAAGCUUUUUCCCAACCCCAGUUGAAAUUAACUUACUGAUUCAGUCUCUUUGCAGAGAAGGAAAAAUGGACGAGGCUAAAAAGUUCAUGCAGGAGUGUCUGAAUAAGGGAUGUGCUGUUAAUGUAGUAAACUUCACCACUUUAAUUCAUGGAUACUGUCAGAAGGAUGAUUUGGAAGCUGCUCUAUCAUUGCUUGAUGACAUGUAUCUUAACAACAAGCACCCCGAUGUAGUCACGUACACUACACUGAUAGAUGCAUUGGGGAAGAAAGGUAGAAUAGAAGAAGCAACUGAAUUUACAAUGAAGAUGCUGAAGAACGGUUUGGAUCCUACUCCUGUUACAUACAGGACAGUUAUCCACAGGUAUUGUCAGACGGGUAGGGUGGAAGAUUUGUUGAAACUAUUGGAGAAAAUGCUCUCAAGACAUUCAUGCAGAACAGUGUAUAAUCAAGUUAUUGAAAAGCUUUGUAGUUUUGGAAAUCUUGAGGAGGCGGAUAAACUCUUAGGUAAGGUGUUGAGAACAGCUUCAAGAAUUGACGCUAAAACAUGUCACAUACUUAUGGAGAGUUAUUUGAGCAAAGGGAUUCCUUUGUCAGCAUAUAAAGUGGCCUGUCGCAUGUUCAACCGGAAUCUGAUUCCUGAAUUGAAGUUAUGCGAGAAGGUGAGUAAAAAACUGAUGCUAGAAGGUAAAUGUGAGGAGGCAGAUAGGCUUAUGAUACGUUUUGUUGAGCGUGGACACAUUUCACCUCAGUGUCAAGAGCAUUUGGGAACAUAGUGGGUGUUAUUCUUGCUACAAGAGUGAUGGAUAUCCAUCUGACUAUUUCAUCAUCAUCAUGUGCUACCAUUGUUAAGUGCUUUAUCAGUGUAUAACACAUUCAAGAAGCAUCGAAAGCUCAGUAAUUUCAGGGCAAUCUUCAAUUUGUAAGUUAGCCAGGAGUACAACUAAGGUUCCUCUAGGUGUUCCAAGAGGUGUUUGUUUGUUAAACUUAAGUAGAUAUCAAAAUGAUUCCUGUGAAUGUUUGUUCAAAUGUUAAUAAUUAUGACGAGGGCUACCUCAAAUUAGUCAGAAAUAUUGUUCCCGGUUAUUUUUUACGUCUGUCUUGGAUUGUUAUGGGUGGAUUUCGCAGUUUUUUUAUUGAAUCGAAGUUGUUUCAAUUGGUGGUUGAGGAAGGGGGGAACUUUUUUUCCCUUAGGAUUUAUGAACGGGGAAAGUAUUUCAUGCAAUCAGUUUUUAUGGGUAAGAGUGCAGCACGAUGGUUAAUGCAAAGCUUGGAACACACAGUGAUUGGGAUUAACCCCAAACACUUCUUCACGCUCAGGGAAGGAGACACU